AUGCGCCUCCUCUGUCGCCUGUCCUUCAGCGUAACGCUCGACGAUUAUUACCGCGCCGCCGACGAUGAGUCUGACACGAUGGCUGCGGCAAUCGCUAAGAGCAUAGAGCGAGGCGAUCAUGGGUUCUCAGAUUACUGGUGGCGCAUGACUGAGGGGACCUGCAAUAUGAUGCCAAUCACAUGGCUGGCACAGGCCCGCUACCUGAUGGCAGAUACGGUGAAGCUCUGUUAUCUAUUCCGCAUCUUCUGGACCGAGGGACUGUGGCAUGAGCCACAGUCAGGGGCACGGCGCCUGAGGUUUCUCCUUUUUGUCCACUGGCCAAUGGUAUUGUGGUUAACCGAAAUGUUCCUCGACAGCCUGGGGGUGAGGUAUGCGACAAUACGGGCGCAGAUGGGCGAGAACGCUCGGCGUGAGGCCGCCGAGCGGUUCACCAAGCCUAUCUCCGACUGUGAGGUCCUCCUCACCUCCUACCAGUGCGGUGCGCAUGGGCUGAAUCUCCACAGCGAGUGCAGCCGAGUGGUUCUACUUAAGCCCCCCCUGAACAUGAACACCCUGUUUCAAGCUGUCGGUCAGGUCCACCGACUUGGCCAGAGGGAAGCCCAGAAGGCGUGGGUACUGUUCCAAGAGCAUUCCAUAUCACGAUGGAUAGAAUGCAACAACGUGGUGAAGGCACUGCCACAGUUUGCGGCCCAGCUUCACGACCUGCUAAAACCCCUGGUGUUGGCCGCACAGACUCGCCCAGCUAAUACGGGAGAUAGCGUGCACGUGCAGACUCAAAAGGCUAUUGGUAGAAUGAUCAAGCUGGAGGAAGCCAUCAAGAUCGCAAAAGCCUGUGAAGAUGACUCCCCUGAACUGCGGGAUGACUUUACUGAGGGUAUAAAAUCAAAAGACGAACUUUUUGCAGAUGCUGUGAACAACCAAACAAAAAUGUUUGAACAAUUGGCGGAUCAGAUCGUCAAACUCAAUCUCUCGGGGCCUCGACAAUAA